AUGGCUUCCUUGUUGUUCCUGCGUCUCGUCGUUCCCCUCGCUCUGCUUCUUCUGCCGCUCUCGCGCUCGGCGACGGUGGUGACCCAUCUCACCGGCUUCCAUGGCCGCCUUCCCUUCCACCUGGAGACCGGGUACGUCAACGUGGACGAGGAGACGGGAACGGAGCUCUUCUACUACUUCGUGGAGUCGGAGAGGAGCCCCGACACGGACCCCGUCGUCCUGUGGCUGACGGGAGGACCCCGCUGCUCUAGCUUGAUUUUCUACGAAGUUGGUCCAAUGAAAUUCGUUCUUGCACCUUAUAAUGGUAGUUUGCCAGAGUUGACAUAUAAUCCCGAUUCAUGGUCCAAGGUGGCAAGCAUCAUCUUGUUGGAUUCUCCAGUGGGUACUGGUUUCUCGUAUGCUCGUGAUAUAGAAAGUCAUCGUGAUGUUGGGGAUUUCUCAUCUACUUUGCACAUCAUAACAUUUCUCAACAAGUGGUUUAUCGAUCACCCGCGCUACCAGUCAAAUCCUUUCUUUGUUGGAGGAAGUUCAUAUGCUGGAAAGAUGUCCCCAAUUAUCGCGCAACACAUUUCACAAGGUAAUAAGCUUAAAUCAAACAAGGGAAGCAACCCAGGAUUAAUCUCAAGGCAAGGCUAUCUAGUCGGCAACCCAAUUACAGACUCCAUGUUUUAUGAUAACAAUUUCCAAAUAUCGUAUGUUGGUGUUGGAAUUAUAUCUAGUCAAAUAUACGAGCUCAUUUCUGAAAUUGAAAAAGAACACAUCCUGGGUAUCAAAUGUGAACACGAUCUGUUAAGACGUAGAUUUCUGUCAGAAGAAUACACCCAGCAAAGUGAGCUAUCUACCGAACAACCUGCCAUCAAUUGUUGGGCAUAUUGUUACUACCUAUCUGAUAUUUGGGCGAACAUGGACUCCACCAAAUAUGCUCUUGGGGUGAAGCAGGGAACAAUUGGAGAGUUUAAGAGAUGCAAAAAAAGUAUGCCCUAUUCAUUUGAUGCCCCGAGCAGCAUAGAGUACCAUUUCAACCUCACAACCAGAGGCUAUCGCGCACUUGUGUUUAGCGGGGACCAUGAUAUUUGGAUUCCAUUUUUGAGCACACAUGCAUGGAUUAGAUCCUUCAACUUCUCGAUAGUUGAUGAUUGGAGAGCAUGGCAUCUCGGUGGUCAGGCGGGAGGAUUUGCAAUCACAUACGCCAACCAUAUGACAUUUGCGACAUUAAAGGGUGGUGGGCACUCAGCCAUAGAAUAUCCACCUAGGGAAAGUCUUGCCAUGGCUCAACGCUGGCUGGAUAAUAAGCCUUUGUGAUGUGCCAUAUUUGUCAUGUUCGGUUCAUUGGGGUUUUCCAUGUACAAUAAAAGUCUUGACAU